CCCGCGCGUCCUCACGUCUGCGCCGCGGGCGCAAGGUCGUUCCUGAGACCGGCCUGGCGUUUGGAGUAUCUGUCGCCAUGUUGUCGGUCGCCGCCCGCUCCGGGCCGUUCGCUCCGGUCCUGUCGGCUACGUCCCGCGGGGUGGCGGGUGCGCUGCGGCCUCUGGUGCAGGCCAUGGUGCCCGCCACCCCGGAGCCGCCCGUGCUGGACCCGAAGCGGCCCUUGCUAUGCCUGGAGUCGCUGAGCGGCCAGGCCGCGGCCCGGCCUCUGGUCGCCUCCGUGGGCCUCAACGUCCCCGCUUCUGUUCGCUAUUCCCACACAGACGUUAGAGUGCCUGACUUCUCUGACUAUCGUCGUCCAGAAGUUUUAGAUAGUACAAAAUCUUCAAAAGAGAGCAGCGAAGCUAGAAAAGGGUUCUCCUAUCUGGUAACUGCAACCACUACGGUGGGCGUCGCCUACGCUGCCAAAAAUGCUGUCACCCAGUUUGUCUCCAGCAUGAGCGCAUCUGCUGAUGUGCUGGCCAUGUCCAAGAUCGAGAUCAAGCUGUCUGAUAUUCCAGAAGGCAAGAACAUGGCUUUCAAGUGGAGAGGCAAACCCCUGUUUGUGCGCCAUAGAACCCAGAAGGAGAUUGACCAGGAGGCUGCAGUGGAAAUAUCCCAGCUGAGGGACCCACAGCAUGAUUUAGAGCGAGUGAAGAAGCCUGAGUGGGUCAUCCUGAUCGGUGUCUGCACGCAUCUCGGCUGUGUCCCUAUUGCAAAUGCGGGAGAUUACGGUGGUUAUUACUGCCCUUGCCAUGGGUCACACUACGAUGCAUCGGGCAGGAUUAGGAAGGGGCCUGCCCCUCUCAACCUUGAAGUUCCGACGUAUGAGUUCACCAGUGACGACCUGGUGAUCGUUGGUUAGGGACGUGGACUCAGCUCGUAGGCCUCAUUCAGUCUUCAUGUCACCACCGUAUUGAGAACAAGCCUUCUGUACUUAGAAAGUUGGUUGAUGUGAAAUAUUUAAGAAUUGCUGAUAAUGUAUUUGCAAACAUUAACAUGCAGUAAAUUGAAUUUAAUGUUGAA